AUGAAGCUGCAGGCUGUCAUGGAAACCCUACUGCAGCGCCAGCAGCGCGCGCGCCAGGAGCUGGAGGCCCGACAGCAGCCGCCGCCUGAACCCCCCACCGGCCCCCCGGCCCGAGCCCGUGCAGGCCCUCCGGACGAGGACCGUGAGCCCGAGAGCGCCCGGAUACAGCGCGCGCAAAUGGCUGCGCUGGCGGCCAUGCGCGCCGCCGCUGCGGGCCUCGGACACCCGCCCAGCCCAAGCGGCGGCUCGGAGGACGCAGCCCCGGGAUCCGAGGAUGAGGACACUGUAGCCCAGGAGGAACCUUCAGGCUCGCCUGCCCCACCUGGCCGAGGCAGGGAGGGGCUGGGACCUGCUGAAGGGGACCGGAACUUUGAGGACAUGGGCUCCGAGGAGGACAUGAAGCAGAAGUGGGAGGAGGAGGAGCUUGAGGGGGACCUGGCUGAGGAAGACGAGGAUGUGGAUGAGGAUGAGGACGAGGACGAGGAUGACUAUGACGAGGAGGAAGAGGAUGAAGAGGAUGAGGGGCUGGGCCCCCCAGGCCCCGCCAGCCUGGGUUCUGGAGCCCUGUUCACCCGCAAGGCGCAACCUCCCCAGCUCUUCCGUGGUGACAGCGUUCCCCGGGCCCUGGGAGGCCAGGAGCGCCAGGGGCCAGGCUCGGCCCAUCCUGGGGGGGCUGCCCCUGUGGUGCCCCCACUGCAGCCACCAGACCACGGGGACUGGACCUACGAGGAACAGUUCAAACAGCUUUACGAGCUCGACGGGGACCCCAAGAGGAAGGAGUUCCUGGACGACUUGUUCAGCUUCAUGCAGAAGCGAGGGACGCCUGUGAACCGCAUCCCGAUCAUGGCCAAGCAGGUGCUGGACUUGUUCAUGCUGUACGUGCUGGUGACGGAGAAGGGCGGCCUCGUGGAGGUCAUCAACAAGAAGCUGUGGCGCGAGAUCACCAAGGGCCUCAACCUGCCCACCUCCAUCACGAGUGCGGCCUUCACCCUGCGCACACAGUACAUGAAGUACCUCUACCCCUAUGAGUGUGAGAAGCGCGGCCUCAGCAACCCUAAUGAGCUCCAGGCGGCCAUCGACAGCAACCGGCGGGAGGGCCGGCGCCAGAGCUUCGGGGGCUCCCUCUUCGCCUACUCACCAGGCGGGGCCCACAGCGUGCUCUCCUCACCCAAACUGCCUGUGCCCUCCCUGGGCCUGACUGCUAGCACCAAUGGCAGCUCCAUCACCCCAGCCCCUAAGAUCAAGAAAGAGGAGGACUCCGCCAUCCCCAUCACGGUCCCUGGCCGCCUGCCAGUCUCCCUGGCAGGCCACCCUGUGGUAGCAGCCCAAGCAGCAGCAGUGCAGGCAGCAGCAGCCCAGGCAGCCGUGGCAGCCCAGGCAGCCGCCCUGGAGCAGCUCCGGGAGAAGCUGGAGUCUGGUGAGCCUCCCGAGAAGAAGAUGGCGCUGGUGACCGACGAGCAGCAGCGGUUCAUGCAGCGAGCCCUGCAGCACAACUUCCUAGCCAUGACCGCCCAGCUGCCUAUGAGCAUACGGAUCAACAGCCAAGCCUCCGAGAACCGCCAGGAUUCAGCUGUGAACUUGACCAGCACCAACGGCAGCAACAGUAUUAGCAUGUCAGUGGAGAUUAACGGCAUCAUGUACACAGGAGUGCUGUUUGCUCAGCCGCCAGCCCCCACGCCACCCUCGGCUCCCAGCAAAGGCAGCAGCGGGAGUCGGGGAGGAAGCAGCGGGACCAGCAGUGGCCCGGGCAGCCAGGCCGGGCCGGCGGGGUCGUCCACAGCCCCCGCGUCGUCUACCUCAAAUAACUCAUUGCCUUAACCGCAUCACUCCCCACCCCGCCACCCCUGAGAAGCCCACCAGACUGGGCAGGGGUCAAGGUGGGCCGAGCAGGGGCCAGGAUGGCGGAAGAUACGGGUGGGGAGGGGAGAUAGCCACAGAGGAGCCACAGCUGACGCCAAAAA